AUGUUGGGCUGGCAGGGUCAUAUGGAGCCCACAGUACAUGCCACUCUGCCCCGCUCUUUUUCUGCCCCGUACCCCCCACUGGAGGGUAUUGCCGAGGGAGCAGAGGAGGAAGAAGAAGAUGAAGAAAGCCCUCAGUGGGUUACAGAUCAGAUAGCUGAUGGGAAUGAAAGCCUUACGCCAGAGAUGAGCCUCAAUUCUGAUGCUGAGGCAGAUUCUGUAGUAAAGAUAGAUGAUGGUCCAACGGAAGAAGACAUCCAGCAGGCUAUGCGUGUGGAGAUGUACAUCCUGGGACUACUGCAGCGACGACACCUCAGAUCUACAGGAGAACUCAACUCUGAUCCUGAUCAGUGGCAUAAAUUACACACAUACCCACCUAGUUACCCACAACUUGACCAAUUGCAAUGGCAGGAAUGGGCAACUCUCUCUGAGGAAGAGAAUGAGCGUGAACCACAAGAUGGAUAUUACAUGAACCUUCCCAAUGCCCAAGUUGGACCAACCUCCCUAAGCAGUGAGGAGCCAGAAUCCUCCUUGGAAAUGGAUCAGUAUGGAAUCGAAGAAGUCUACACUAGCAGCAACGACUCCCCUCGGCAUCAACCGGUUUACAUCGAUCGGCGUCCCACGAUGAAACCCCACAUUCACACCUGCUGCAAUCACACCUACGUACCUACGUUGUCAACUCCCGAGUCCUGUGAGCAACACCAGCCCAUUCCAUCCCAAAAGUGGGCCCUUCUUCAGUCCCUAGCCAGAAGGAGUCCAGAGAAAAGGUGGACAACUCUAGGAGAGAGACAAACCAAGUCGACCAUCUGCUCUCGGUCAGAGGACAGUUGCAUCUCUCAAGGAUGGACCGGCCAACCGGAGCACAAAUACUAUAAUACGGUGGGACGGGAAAUGGGCAGGCAUCAUAGUGACGAAUUUUAUCCAUCUAAUCAGCGGCUCUGGUGCUCCUCGGCAGAUCUCAGUCAAGAAGAGGAUGAGGGGAUAUUCAGAGAAGACGUGCACAAAUUCAGCCUAAGUCAGUUACCUGGCAAGUGCACCAGUGUUCAGUUCAUGGAGCAGGACCUGAGGGUGCAAGAGGCCGCUACUGCACCGACCGAUGGGUCCGACUCCAGUCUGAGCGAGACUUUCUCUCCAGGAACCAGUUCAUUGUCCAGUGACUCAGAUGAGAGCGGAGGGCUGGUCUGGCCUCAGCAAUUGCCCCCUCACUUGCCCCCGUCCCCCUCUUCUUCACAGAAUCCCUCCAAUGCUGUGGUCAAGAUUAAAGCCUCACAUGCGCUCAAAAAGAAGAUCAUGCGAUUUCGUUCAGGCUCUCUCAAACUCAUGACCACUGUCUGAGUCUGGCCAUGAACAUACCUGCCUAUUUAUAUUUUAAAAUUCAUUUGAGAGCUUUACGUAAAACGCUUCUUAAGCUGUGACGUACUGAAUAGGACUGGGAUAAUAAAUCGAUGCAUCGUGAUUCGUG